UGCGUAAAUUUCUUUCUUGAUUUUCGUAGUAUUUUUCAACUGUUACGAGAACUCAAAUCAAUAUAUUUCAUGAAAGAAAUAUUUCAUGAAAGAUUGAAAAAAGAUUGUAUAAACAUUGUAUUAAAAUGGCAUCGUCUUUUAUAAAUUCUGAUAAAAAAACAUCAAUCAAUCUGUCAAAGAAUAAUACGAAAAAGGAGAUAUCAGAAUUUAACAUGUGCCCAUAUGUAGGUAACGCUCAUUUCUGAAUACAUUAUAUUUAUUUUAAUUAUAAAAUUAAUUAUUAUUUGUAGAAACUACAUUACUCUUUUGGCUUUAAUCCAAACGUCCCUAUAAUAAAUUUAACGACUAAAAAUCGAACAUUAAUUGCGUUCGCUUCUUCACAUAUUGCAAUGAUAUAUGAUUAUAGCUCUAAUGAAAUGUUACCUCUUCAAGGUCAUGUUAGUAUAGACACGUGUAAUUUAUGAGAUUUAUCACUUAAUUGAAUUAAUCAUAGUCGAUAUAAUAUUUAGAAAACUGCUGUUAGAACACUGUCAAGUUCGAACGAUGGUAAAUGGCUAUUGACGGCGGAUUUUGAAAAGGAUUGUGCGGUAAUUAUUUGGGAUACCGAAAUCAAGUAAAAAUAUUAAUCUUUUAUGAAAAUUAUGCUUGUCUAUAAUGCGUAUAAAAACGUAUAUACGUGAUUAUUGUUAAGGAUGCCUAUUUGUACUUUAUUCGAGCCUCACGGUAUAAAUGGCUUGACAGCAGCACGUAUCAGUCCAAAUGCAAAGUACAUUGUUACCGUUGGCAAUGAAAAAUUACAAAAAGUUUAUUUUUGGUUGUGGACAUACGGAAGAGAUAAACCAGAUGGUUAUUUUAAUGAAAUAUAAGCUAUUUCACAUUUAUACGUAUAAAAUAUUUAUUAGAUACAUUUGCGUUUUUAGCGAUCGCUGAAUUAUCGGAAAUACAUUUGGAUAGAGUUAAAGAGAUCAGUUUCGACAAUGACUUUCCAAAACGAUUUGCUUUGACUACUGAUCAUCACGUACUUUUUUUUACUUGGGUUUGUAAUUCGAAUUUCCAAUACAAUAAAGAAAAUUUUCAAUGUAAAUUUAUAUAAUUUCAUCAUUCAUUAGGAUCAAGAUGAACUUAGUUAUUAUCGGCCGAAAAUAACUGGAAAAUAUGGUCAUUUUGGAAUUUUGAAUAGUUCUGUUUUUAUUACAAAAACGUCGAAUACGUUAACGGCGACAACUACCGGUAAAAAGCAUUUGAUUUUAGAAGUAUUAAAAUGAUUAGAAUUUCUUUGAUCAUGAUUUGUUCUGCAGGCUUUGUAUUAGUCUGGAGCCACGUUUACACCGUCGAGCAUACUGUAGAAGAUACAAACUUUAAAAAGAAACAUAUCAAAUCGAUAAAAUUACAAACUUGCAAUAUCACUGUAAUUCUCAAUUACGAAGGGUAUUGAUUAAUUAAAUAAUAAUUCUUCGAACAAAAAUUUAAUGAGUUUUGAAGAUAUUUAGAUUUGAUCAUGAACUAUUUUUUCAAUAUAUAGAAUGAUUGUUACUGGCAAUUCUAAUGGACGAAUUAAUUUUUACGAUAAUGAAUUAAAACUUUUGUAUUGGUGUCAAAAUCGUGAACUGGAAUGUAUUCGAUCGAUCAGUUUCGAUUUAUGCUCUAAAUUACUUGGCCCUGUAUACAUUAUCAGUGAAACAGAUAGUAAGCUUGACAUGAUAUAAAGUUUCUUCUUUUUUAAAAAAAAAUAUUAUAUUUUUCAAAUAGUCGAAUUGAGUGAUGGAAACAGCACGGACGAAUUAAAAAGCGAAAUAGAAUAUGAAUUUAUGGAAAAUUUUGUAAGCCAAGAAGAAAAUGAUACUUAUCAAGAUGUUAAAUAUUUGAAUGAUAAGAUGGAUAAAAAAUUGUCAUAUUUAACUGUAAAUAUAGAAUCUAUUCCAAAAUAUUACUACGACCAGAAAAAUUCAAUAUACGUAGCUACCGACGCGACCCUACAACGUUCUAGAUUCAUCGUUAGAAAUAGUUUUGUGUCUGAUUUACUUAUCUGUGGUAUGGAAAAUGGUACUUUAUGGGUAUUACAUCCACUAACAUUGGAAUUAUUAGAUGAAUUUCCUUACAAACAUUCGUCUCAAUCUAUUCGUAUUGUUGCCUUUACCAAAUGUUCGACUUACAUGGCUUAUUCCGUUAAGUAUUUUUUCAGCGAUAAAUAAAAUACUUACGUAAAUCUUUAUUUCAUUUACUUUUUCUUUCUUUUUUUUUUAGGAUGAUGCUCUAUCUAUCGUAGUAUUCAAAAAAAAUGAUUCAAAAUUCGUAAAUGAAACUAAUAUUUGGAAUUUAAUUGGAAAAUGUCAUUCACAUUGUUUACCAAUCAGACAAGUGUUAUUUGGACCUUCUAUUGGAGACGAUUCAGUUCCUCGACUUUUCUCUUUAGGGGAGGAUAAAGAUCUUAUUGAAUAUGAUUUAAAAUUUAGUGGACCAUAUCCGGAUCCAGGAUUAAAAAUUUUACAGAUAGAUCGAAUUGAAUCAAAAGCUACUCCUCUGUACAUGGAAUGGUAUCCGCGAAUCGGAGUUGAGACUUUUUUUGUGAUAUCGAAUUCUGAAUACAAGUACAAAUUAUUAAAUGAUAUAAUAAGGAUGAUUCGUGGAACUUAUGUGAACGCAACAUUUGGAACGCCUGUACAACGUUUUAAAGUAUCUGACAUUAUGGGAUUUUCAUUGAUCAUAUCAUUAUAAUUUUUCGUUUCCAGAUAUUAAAAAAAGAAAAUAAUAACAUCUAUAUGGUAUUUUCAACUGAUAAAGAAAUAGGUCUACAAAUUCUUCCUUUAGAUGGCAAUCCUUAUACAAACAUAGGACUUACUGGACAUCCGCGUCAGAAUAUAAGCACAUUAGAUCACUGGAUUCGCUGUGGAUUGUAAAAACAGUACCGUAUUUACUAUGGGAUAUAGAGAUUCUUGUGUUUUAAUGUGGAAGAUAAAAUUCAGAUCAGUAAAUAUUAUGAAACGCUUAGGAGGAGAAGGAUUGUCUCCAUUUUAUAGUUUCAUAAAAGGUGGUAAAAAUGGGUGGUUAUUUAACGAAAUGCAAGAUUUAUUCUACUAUGCACAGAUUUUACAACAAGGAGAAAAUACUAUCGAAACAAGAAAGAUUUCUGAUAUGGCUUCUAUUAAACAAAUACCAAAUUUAAUGCGAGCCGUUGGUUAUUUCCCUAGUAACAAAGAACUGGAAAAUAUUAUGCGUGAAGUAUCCUAUAGGAAUUAUGCGGAAACGGGACAAUUAUUGGAGGAAAUUACUUUCGAAGAUUUUGUUAAACUUUACAUCAAUCAUCGACCUGUAUUUGGAUAUUCUAUGAGAGAAAUGAAAAAAGCUUUCGCAAGUUUCUGCGAAAAAGACUUGAAUAAUGAUGAAGAUUUAAUAUUAACUCGAGAUCAAUUUAUGAAUAUCUUAUUUGGUACAUACCCAGAGAAUAAUAUCUUGGAAGAUAAGAAACUUCUCGGUGAACCACUGACAUUAGAAGAAGCAUAUACAUACCUAAAACUGCUUAUUCCUUCGGAGGAUGCCAAUAUAGAACAUUUUGCAAAUUCAAAAGGACAAAUAUCUACAUCUAUAAAUUUCGAUUUUCUACCAUCGAGGAUAUCUUACAAAGAUUUUGUCACGGUUAUUUUGGGUGUUGAUUUGUUGGAGAAGAUGAGGGCUGAGAAUAAAAUUACGUGAUGUUUGCCGCACUGCCGAUACAAUUUUUUUUACUCAAUUUUUAUAUACAUUAUGAAAGUUAUCUAAGGUAAUAAAGAAAUGAUGGAAAAA